AUGCCAACCAUUAAGAGCUUUUCAGUAGGGCUUAGUCCCGACAGCAAUAGUUUAACAAAUGGUGUUGUUAUGGGACAAAUUACAUUAGAAUUGUCAAAAGAAUGCAAAAUAGUUUCGCUCUACAUAAAGCUGAAGGGAAAAGCAGAAGUCAAAUGGUCGGAAAAGCACGGAAAAAGGACUGUAACAUACCAUAGCAAAGACAAGUACUUCAGUGUCAAGCAGUCUUUCAUUCAGGAGAACCAGGGCAAUAAUGUUGUUGACCAAGGCCUCCAUGUUUACCCAUUCUCCUUUCAGAUCCCAGCAGAUUUGCCGUCCUCCUUCCGUGGCAGAUUUGGGUGGAUCACAUACAUGCUUCAAGCAAACCUGAGCAGGUCGAUGAGAAUAGACGACAAAGCCACGGCAGUGCUCAAUGUCGUCUACAGAGGAAAUCCAGAUCCAGUGCUGAUGAUUCAACAGCAAGGUAACAUUGAUAAGAAGAUGAACCUCUUCAACUCAGGAAAAGUAGGCAUGGAUGUGAACAUUGAAAAAACAGGCUUCCACCAAGGUGAAGGCAUAAAAGUUGUGGCCUCCAUUCAGAACAGAUCAUCUCGAGAAAUUAAGCCCAAGUACCAUUUGUACAGGAAGUGCAGUUACUUUGCAAAGGGGAAGAGGAAACUCGAAAAGGAAGACAUCCUGAGAGAGGUGGGUGAAGCCGUCCCACCUUCUGCAGGUCAGACCGUCACCAGGAUCAUCACCAUCUCUCCCAUCACGCCGGUGUCCAUCUUAAACUGUAAAAUCAUCAAAGUAGAGUACAGACUCAGGGUUUACCUGGAUGUCAAGUAUGCUUCAGAUCCAGAGAUCAAGUUCCCCAUAGUCAUCCUGCCUGCUCCAGGAGGGCCUGAGGAGGUACAGUUACCUACCAAUCCUGCCUAUGGAUUUGAAGCAUUUCCAAACUCCUCAAUGCCAGGAGGGACCAGCUUCCUACAAAACCCAACAACCUCUGAUCCUUUUGCUCCUCCACCACCCUAUGGGUCCUGGAUGUACCCCUCCUUGACAGAUUCUGAUAGAAAGUCCUAG